GCCAUGGGCUGCUCCAGCAGCGCCCGCAGCCGCCCCCAAGAGCCGCCGCCGCUGCCGGCAUCAUCAGGUGCAAACACCCUGACUGCAGAUGACCAUGGAACUACAGCUGACCAAACACAGCUGGACCCAGCAGAGUAUGUGAGCCUUGCCUCUGAGACCAGCCCAGGCGAGCAGCUGCCAGGAGAGGAGGCUUCAGCCACGAUCCUGGAUGUGGAGGGGAACACAGAGUCGGUCAGUAAACGGGAGGAGCCAGAGGGCACUGAGCCCCUGCCCGCAGGAGAGGAGGAGAGCUCUGAGCUGCCCUCUGCGUGGCGAGAGGAGAGCAGGGGGCCUUCACCACCAGCACCAGAAGAUGCUGGGGCACCAUCUCCAGGAGCAGCAGAGGACAGUGGGCUGGUAGAGGACAGUGACAGCUCUGGAGGGGAAGUCAUCGAGAAAGUACAUAUUACUGAAGAGGACCACCUCACUGAGGGUGAGACGGGAGAACAGGUGGAAACUGAGCUGCUCAGUGAGACAGUAAGUAAAGGGCCUGAAACAAAAGAAGAAACAGGAGAAGCUGUGGAUAGUGCAGCAGCGACAGAGAUAGAGACAGCUAAUAACAAGGAAUAGAAGUUAUGUCUCAAUGAACAUCCUCUUCUUGUACCUGCUCUUCUGUUCACAUGAAUAUUUUAAAAUUUUAUUGAGUUGGGAAAAUAGAAAGGCUUUUAUGGAUUGAACCACAAGCUGCAGACACAUGAAAAGAAGGCAUCGGAAAAAGUUUUAUAUAAUACAGACUUUUUGAAGUCAAGCUGCCAAGACUUCAAGUGUUUGAAAUACCCAAACUUUUGUCUCCCUUGCCACAGAGUGCCUUCUAUACACACCAGAAUAAUUUUUCAACAGCAGUAUGAUGAUUCCUUUUUCAAUUAGGAGUUUUUCCCAGGUUCUGAUAACUGACUUCAAAUCGUUGAAACCUUCAACCAACAUUAUAUAGGAUAAAGAAUAGAGUGUAGCUUUUCUGUCUUUAAAUGGUUGUAGGCAGUUUCUCUGAAUGCCUGGAUUAUCAAUGUAGGCAGCUGCUGAAGUGUACUGCAUGCAGGGGACUGGCAGAGGAAAGUGCCCAUUUACCAAGCUCUAACUAAAUGCAGAAGUGAGUUUUCCAGAAAACAGAAGAUAACAGAGUGCAGUGUCCAGGACCCUGAAUGCUGCUCACUCCCCAUUUUUAAAUUCAAAUUUAUUGACGGGAUUGUAGUACAAUAUAUGUGAUGACUUCUGCAGGAGCAGGGAGAAGAGGCAUUUUUAACUGAGUAGGAUGUUUUAGUUGUAUAAAUUCUAGAAGAUAACUUCACAGCUGUUAAUAUUCAUGGUCAAUAAUACCUGUCUUUAGCUGUGUAGCUCUCCUCAUAUGCAUUUAUGGAUUCUAAAAUGGAUUUCCAAGAGAGAAGUUAUAAAUCUGUCUAUGAGACCAAUAUAAGCCUGUUCCCAAAGAAAAGGUUACCUACUAUAUAUUUAACUGUAAUGCUGUCCUCCUGGGGAAAUAUGCUAUCAGGGACUGUAUGGGUAAUUUUCCAAAAUGCUAAAUAAUAAUUUUGAAGAUGAAGCUGAAUGGCAGUAUUUUCAAACAAAUUUCCUGUGAAAACAGGCCCUGGAUAUGAUUUGUGCUUUGGGUGAGAUAAAGAGUAGAAAUUUGUUCUGAUGGCGAAUGUUAUAGCAUCACAAAAUCAAUUAGGUUGGAAAACACCUCUAAGUUACUUCAGUCCAAAUGUUGCUUGAAGACCACCUUGUCAACUAGACAUGGCAGUAAGUGCCACAGCCAGUCAUUUCUCAUCCAGGGAUGGUCAUGCCACCACCUCCCUGGGCAGUCCAUUCUAAUGUUUAACAACCCUUUCUGUGAAGAAAUUCCUCCUGAUGUUCAACCUGAACCUCUGCUGGCACAGCUUGAGGCUAUGUCCUGUGCAAAGGGACUCUAUGUAAUACAUUUCUGGGGACUAUGUUUACAAGAUUCUCUGGCAUAAGGAUGUAGGACAUGGGGAAAAGGUCAGUUACCUAAAAAUGGCAAGCACGAUAUUGUUCUUUUAUUGUACUAAAGGACUUAACAAAAAUCCUGUCAAAUUAUACAAGUCCCCUCUACGAGAUAAUUUCAUAUUGCAUGUACAUGUCUGAUUCCAGCUGACUCUGGUUUGCAUUAAAUAAUCUAAUUUAUAUCCUUGGCCUAUUAACCUUUUGUGUAAGCUGAUAGUUCUUGGCUGUAUCACUGAACCUAAGGUUUUCUGCUUAGCAGCAUUCUUAUGAACUUGUCAGCUUCAUUUAAUGUCAGCUUCCUGUAGGCAACACCCUAACCCAAACGCUUUUUCUUUUUGGAAAUUUUUGCUAGGUGGAUGUCACUUUUAAUUUUAAUUUUAAUUUUUAGUUUUUCUAGCCUUCUGUAACAGAGAAGCUAAAAUGAGCUGCUAGUUCUAUUAAAAAAAUCUACUGACAUUAAAGCGAGCAUCAAAAAUUCAAACAGAAGUACUCGAAGUUUUUAUCCACAUACCCAACCCAUUCCAGAAAAGAAUCCAUGAAAAACAACACCAUGAACUUUUGAGAGCUGAGGAUUUGAGGAAUAGGUACUGAGCAGAAUGAGAACCUCAAAGUGACAUAAAACUGGGCUGGGUCUACAGCCAUGUCCCAGGAUGCCCAAAGCACUUCCAUCUUCAGCUGCAUCUCAUGGCUGAUUUCCUCCUGUGAGCAGGGAAUUCAGUUCAGCCACCAGCACAUGUGCCAGCACAGCCCCACUCUGAAACACAGGAGAUUAAAUCGGCAGAGACAGGCUGACUACUGGCAAGAUCAUGAACUGCAGUCUGGCAAGCAUUAAGCUAUUUUUAAGUAUAAACCAACAAGAGCUCUGUGAGAGAGAUCAGUAGUAUUCAUAGCAACAGAGGAGACUGCACUUGGAAAUAAAAUGUGAAGAUACAAGGGAGUCAAAAUGACCUGCUCACCUCAGAG